UGUGUGUGUUCAAUGCUUGGCUGGUUACAGGGGACUUUAGUUCAGUGUUGUGGCUGUGAGCUGUGAGGACGGGGCUCCGCUGUGCCUCUCGCCGUGUCAGGCUGUUAAAAAAGGUGUUUUGUUUACGCCAUUUCAACGGAACGCAAAACCCACACAGGAUUUACCCUCAUAGCAAGUGUUCGAUUUGUGUUGAGUGGAUCGAAGAAACACACGCGACGGGCGGCACACGGCUGAAAAGUGAGGAAUAUUAAGCCAGCGGUGUUGUUGGCUGACCUAGAUGCUUUAAAGAGUGUCAACAAGAGUGGCGAGCAGAAGGAUGCAUCCCCAGGCACACGCAACGCUCACUAGAUGAAAUUCUCUUAACCUCGUGGAUCGCCAAGGCACCAACCCACACACACCACACAACCAAAAUUUAGCGCUGUGUAGGCCAUGAUGGAUCAGUACCGAGGGCCGCGCUGUGUUCCAGGUCGGGGCGUCCUCACAGCGGGGUGCAUGGACAAGCCCCCGGGUGUAGUCGGGGCCGACCGCCAGUUCCCAGUGCCCCAGACCGUCCCUGCCUCCAUGCUGGCCUCAAACAAGCGGCCGCGGCUGGACAACAUCCGGCCGCCAAUACCCAACGGGCCGGGCAUGCACGCGCGGCCCCUGGUGGCCCUCCUGGAUGGCCGCGACUGUGCCAUAGAGAUGCCCAUCCUCAAGGACGUGGCCACCGUGGCGUUCUGCGAUGCCCAGUCCACCUCGGAGAUACAUGAGAAGGUCCUGAACGAGGCGGUGGGCGCGUUGAUGUGGCACACCAUCACGCUCACCAAGGAGGACCUGGAGAAGUUCAAGGCGCUCAAGGUCAUUGUGCGCAUCGGCAGCGGCAUAGACAAUGUAGACGUCAAGGCUGCCGGAGAGCUGGGCAUCGCCGUGUGCAAUGUGCCCGGCUAUGGUGUGGAGGAAGUCGCCGACACCACAAUGUGCUUAAUCCUGAACCUGUACCGCCGCACUUACUGGCUGGCCAACAUGGUGCGGGAGGGGAAGAAGUUCACAGGUCCCGAGCAGGUGUGGGAGGUCCGAGAAGCAGCCCAGGGGUGCGCACGGAUACGAGACGACACGCUGGGCAUUGUGGGUCUGGGUCGCAUUGGGUCUGCUGUGGCAUUGAGGGCCAAGGCUUUCGGGUUCAACGUAACCUUCUAUGACCCCUACCUCUCGGACGGCAUCGAGAAGAGCCUCGGCAUCACCAGAGUGUACACGCUGCAGGACCUUUUGUACAGAAGUGACUGUGUGUCAUUACACUGUUCCCUCAACGAGCACAACAACCACCUCAUUAACGACUUCACCAUCAAACAGAUGCGCCCCGGAGCCUUCCUGGUGAACACUGCGCGAGGGGCCCUGGUGGACGAGAAUGCCCUGGCCACAGCACUGAAGGAGGGACGCAUCCGGGCGGCGGCUCUGGACGUGCACGAGAACGAGCCAUACAAUCCCUUCCAAGGUGAGGGUCAAAGAGGGCCCUUGAAGGAUGCACCCAACCUCAUCUGCACACCUCACGCCGCUUACUACUCCGACGCGUCCAGCAACGAGCUGCGCGAGAUGGCCGCCAGUGAGAUCCGCCGCGCCAUCAUCGGACGCAUCCCCGACGCCCUGCGGAACUGCGUCAACAAGGAGUACUUCAUGAGCAACUACAGCGAGGGCGGAGUCAACGGCACGGCACCCUACUACGUCCCCGUCCACUCCACCACACACGACUCCCUCCCCUCCGGCCCGCCCCCGACAAGCCACGUAGGCCCCGGCAUCCCCCCACCUCCGCACAUGCCCCCCAGUGUGCCGGUGAGCGGGGGCCGUGCGUCGCCUCAGACUGGCCCCCCUGGUCCCCCCGGCCCCAGGGAGUCCACCUCACCAUAACACAGAAUUGCCGCCCGGCCACCGCAGCCCCAACUGUGACCGCUAGGCAUUCAUUCCAUCAGGAGUUGAGUAGACCGCUGCUGCUGCCGCCGCCGCUGCUGCCCCGCCCCCUCCCCUCCACCUCUCCUCCACCUCCCCCCCCAUCUACCACCACCACUACUACCACCGUGCAAGCAAUGUACAAAUACCCCCCCAGAGAAACCCCCCUCCCUCCCUCCCCCUCUCCUCCCUCCUCCCCCCAUACCCACUCAAGGAAGAAGACUCGGCUAAUAAUGGAAAAAAAAGUGGCAUUUAUUGAUGAUUUGUCGGUUCUUUUUUUUCUUUUUUUUUUGCGUGUUUAAAAAAGCGCGUUUAACUUUUUUUCUUCUUUUUUGUUUGGUUUGUGUGAUGAGAAAAUGUGUGUGUGUGUGUGUGUGUGUGUGUGAGAGAGAGAGUGUGUGUGUGUGUGUGUGUGUGUGUGUGUGUGUGUGUGUGUGUUAGCUGACUGUAUCCUUUUUAUAUUAUUAUUAUUAUUAUUACUACUACUUUGUUUUCUCUGCCUCGUGUUAAUCCGUGGCAAAGGCUAAUGUUUAGGACGACCUUCUUUGGUUACCCUUCUCUGUUUACAUUAUUUCUUGUGUUAGGAUUAUUCUCCCUUUUAUGUCUCGUAUGUAGCGGCUGUCGCGGUCGGUCGGUUGGUUGGUUGUUGUGUAAUAUUGUUCAUAGGAGAUAAGGAGGUGUUUUCUUCUAUUUUGUACUGUAGGAGCAGGAGGAGGAGGAGGACAAGGAAGAGGAGAAGGUGAUUUUAAGUUGUCAUGUUUUUUGUAUCAUCUCUUUUUUUUUCUUAUUUCGGGUGUUCGUUCGCCAGCAGAAUAAAUUGUUAACUUAUCCUUUUUGUACUCUCGACGUCGUUGCUGCCGCCACCAUCGCCGCCGCUGCUGCUGCAAGUUUGUACUGCGUCUCUUUGGUACAAACGUGAACCUCAAAAAAGAUGUUACGGAAGAUAAUUUUUUGUUCGGUGUAAAAAAACGUUGCGUAAUUAUAUUGGUAUUCGAAUAUAAACAAAACAAAAAAAAUACAGGACUUAUCUUUGCAUUUGGUGAAAAAAACUUAACCUCGGCACGUAGAAUAUUUGCGUGACGGGCUGCACCAAACAAGAAAAAACACUUAAUUUUCGUAGUUUCUCGCUAACGACGGAGCACGGAAGCCUGACCGUUUGUGUCUGUGAGCCAAGCAAUGGAUGAUUUUUUCGUUUCGGCAAAUAAAAAAACAACAAACAAUGGAUUAAAGUGUUACGGGAGGACCACUUUGUGUGCGUACGUGUGUGUGUUGACUCCAGCGAGGGCAGCGACUACUGGUGUGUACAUGUGUGCGUGUCAAGUGUUGCCGCUCUGGAUGGAGACGAAUAACCAGAUAUUGAGAGGCGGAGAGAGAGGGAGAGAGAGAGGACAUGGGGGAGAACCUGUCCUAGUGAGUGCUGGCUGGUGGGUGGAAAUCUUGCGUUCAUUUGAGUCAACUUUUUUAUUCUUUAUGUCUGCGUUGUGUUGGGGCGCCGGAAUCAAGUCUUUCGUUGGUAGGCUGGUCUGUGAGGGUCUGAAGGUCUGUCUGUGUGUGUCUGUGUGUCUGUGUGGCUGACGGAGCUCAAACCAGGGAAGUACUAGCGAAGGAAGGACGUUUGGGGGGCAAGACGGAAGAUGUUUGUUAAAAAGAGAAUGUUAAAAAAAGACAUUUAUGGGUGAAAAUGUUAUGAUUGUUUUGUUUUCUCAAGAAGCAUAAAAAAAAUAUUGUGUUUGUACAGCGGAAAAAAAAAGUGUAGUCGUGAAGGAAAAUAUGCCACAAAAUAAGUCGGAGUGGAAAGUAAGCGAGUGUGUUUCCAAGUGUGUGAAGUAAUCUAAGUUGUUACGAGAAAGUGUGAAGAACGUAAAUUUGUGUUUGUGAGAUUGAAUGGAUUAAAAAAAUACUUCAUGUAGGGAGAGAGAAGAAAUCAUUGUUUAUUUUCUGUGACUAAUGUGCUGAUUAAACGGUGGAGAGGAAACUGUGUGCACCAGGACAGGAAAACAGAAGGGAAAAUAUUCUUCUUGGAAAAACAUAAAUCUGCUCGUCUUGGUGGACUGAAGAGAAAUUGAAGCCUUAAAGAAUCAAAUAGUGUACAUAAAGUUGCUAAAUCGAGAGGGAAAAAAGGGAAAAUAAAGGCCUGAUACAGAGAAAAGAAGAUAGAAUGCUUAUUAUUAUGGGUAGUGUAUAGUCGGAGUGUCGGAAGAGGAGUCAAAUGAAAGUCUCAAAGGUCCAAAACAAAGCAAAUGAGAGUCUGCAGAAAAUGCGUAUUAUUAAGUAAGUGCAUUUCCCGGAUCCUUUCUCACAGUUGCGUCCUUCCUUGAUGUAAAAUAAAAUAAAAUGUAAAAAAAAUUAACGGUUACGAGUGGGCAAGCAAGCCAAGACGGACAGACGGAUGCGCCUUUGGAGUAAAAAUUGAUUCACCUCUGUAAACAAACUUAAAAGGAAAGGCGUAAAACAAUGCAGGAAGAAAAUUAUUUAGUUAACUCCAUCUUAGUUUAAUAAAAGACAGUUCUGGUU